GCGAUGGGUGCCGGCCGGGUGGGAAGUGGGAACUGGGAAGGCGAUCGAGUCGGUUCCCAGAGUGUGUCGAACGAACACAGGAGCGAGCUCAGCGAUUCCAAAAGGCUGCCCUGCUCUGCCGCCGCUUGCUUUUGCUGCACCUCCACUCCGCAUGACUUUAUCCGGUUAGAUAAUAAAAAGUCGACCUUGCCUUGCCUUCGGCCUCCCCCACCCCAAAAAUUCCUUCUUUUGGCCGUCUCCUCCUCCGCGUACCCUCCUCGGACCUUUCCACAAACGCCCAAACAUUCCCUGCUGCUACCAGAUUCUUCUUCUUCUUCUUCUUCUUGAUCCACCGGUGCCGCGAGAUUCAAAUUUUCAAGCUCUAGCUUCGGUCCAAGGCCCUAACGGGCAUGGGCUCCCACACCUAGCCAACCGCCAUGGAGGAAGGCGAGGGAGAGAGCUCGUCGCCUGCGAGGCCCCUCCCAGGUGGCCCCUCCCCUCACGAUGCCAUCUGCAACGAUAUCUACGACCGCCUCAUCGACAGCGGCAACGACGAGGCGGUCUUCAACCCCAACCUACGCGACCUCCUCGAGUCGCACCUUGCCCGCUUGCCCCUGCGGUAUGGGCUCGAUCUGAACAUGGAUAGAGUAGAGGACGUCCUAUUACAUCAGAAGAUUCUUGCAGAUGCUGAGGAUCCAGAAAAGCGGCCAAUCUUCUUUGUCCGCUUUAUGAAGUGCAUUUGGACUAGUGCAUAUGGAAAUGAUGGUCAGCAACAGUCUGUUGAUUCAACUGGCGAAGGGUCUGGUGAUCGUGUACAUGAGAGAAUCGUUGCACCAAAUUUGAGAAGAAAUGGAGACCAAGGUAUUGAAUUUGAACCAUGCUCAAAGCUUGAAGAUUUAAAUUUAGAUGUUAGAGAUGUUGCUCAGGAUGAUGGAGAAGCAGAGGAGGCUCUUUCUGCUAGGCAAGACAUCAAGGACGUCCCAGUUCAUGAGAUAAUAUUUUCAUCAAUUGACAAGCCCAAGCUCCUUAGCCAGUUAUCUGCUUUGCUUGCCGACAUUGGGCUGAACAUACGUGAAGCUCAUGUUUUUUCAACAACUGAUGGCUAUUCUUUGGACUGGUUUGAAGUUGACGGUUGGCCUGAGGAGGAAACGGAGGGCUUGAUUAGGGAGCUUGAUUCUGCAGUCGCAAAUAAUGAGGGGUCCCUCUCUGGUGCAUCUCUUUCUUCAGCUAGUGAUAAGGCGCUUGCAUCAUUAAUGAAGGUCGGUGAUUGGGAAAUUGAUAAAAGAUGCUUGAAGAUGGGAAAGAAGAUUGCAUGUGGUUCUUGUGGCGAUUUGUAUCGUGCUACCUACUUAGGCCAGGACGUUGCGGUAAAGAUUCUUAAAGCUGAAAAGCUAAAUGAAGCGAUGGCCUUGGAAUUCAAUCAAGAAGUAGAAAUUUUAAGGAAAGUUCACCACAAUAAUGUUGUUAGCUUUAUUGGUGCAUGCACAAAGCCUAAUGAAUUUUGUAUUGUAACAGAGUACAUGACGGGUGGUAACCUUUAUGAUUACCUGCACAAGGAUCACAUGACUUUGGAGCUUCCCCAAUUACUGAAGUUUGCAAUUGAUAUCUGCAAAGGGAUGGAUUACUUACAUGAAAACAAUAUCAUUCACAGGGAUCUAAAGACAGCUAACCUCCUGAUGGAUGCCAACAAUGUCGUGAAGGUGGCUGACUUCGGUGUGGCUCGGUUUCAGAAUGAAGAGGGAAUUAUGACUGCUGAAACUGGAACAUACCGAUGGAUGGCUCCUGAGGUUAUAAACCACCAACUCUACGAUCACAAGGCUGAUGUGUUCAGUUUUGCAAUUGUGCUGUGGGAGCUAGCGACAUCUAGGGUUCCGUAUGAAAAAAUGUCACCCUUGCAAGCUGCUCUCGGAGUUAGACAGGGCCUACGUCCAGAUCCUCCGAAUCAUAUGCAUCCCAGGUUACAAGAUUUGAUGCAGAGAUGUUGGGACUCUAUUCCUGGUAAACGGCCAUCGUUUAAAGAGAUCACAGGAGAACUGGAGGAGCUUCUGCAGCUUGUUCAGGCAUCUGUUGAAGCGAGCGUGCAGUGAGCCAAGUCGCUGUAUUAUGAGAUAUAGAGUUACCGAUCGAUUACUGCUUUUCUUCCUGAGUUUGGAUUUGUCAUUGUGUGCAAGUUGUUGAUACGCCCACAUGGAAAUAUUUCAGAAACAUAUCUCUGUUCAAGCCCUCCUUAUACCAAAUUAAAAGUUACAAGUGACCUACCGCAAACCGCCGCACUGAGACAUCAACCAGCUACUGUAAAUAUUGCUCAAGUUGUUCCAUGGUUUUUUUUGUAUCCAUGCUUGUCAUCUCAUGUGUGCUAACCAUGUCCUCUUCCUUUGAGUUUUGAAUCAAGUCCUCGUCACACAAGAUCUACAUCGCUUGUCUAAAAUCGAAUAUGUACUGUAUACAUACUUGUGCUAAAGGCCUCAUGUUAUAGCACUGUUUUA